AUUUAUGCUUUUGGGAAAAUAUGUUUCACCCUGAAAUUCCAAUAGUGCUUUGUGGACUCAAACUCGUCACCCACCCCUCCAUCGGCCUAGUGGUAGAUACCGAGUGAAUUAAAAUGUUUCUGUGAGGCCCCCCCAAUUCAUAAAAAUCCUAGAUCCGCCACUGGAAAAAAUAAAACGGAUCUUAGAGGAAGACUGCCUCCCGUUUAUCAUUUGAAUUGAACCAAUGAGGCGGCAGCUCAACCCAUAAUGAAGCAUUGACUUGGGGACCCCCCCAGCACCGCUACAUGUCCAAGCGCCCCCUGCUUUGGCUGCAAAAAGAGGCGCAUCAUUCUUUUAGUUUGUCUACUCGUCGCUUCAGACAGUGUCAACCAGUCAGUCGGCCGAUAGGAGACAGACAACCAGUGGAGGUGCUGACCCUGGUGCAGCGUGUGUGAUCUCCGGAGCCGCCGUGCUGCUCCUGCCCUCAGCUCCUCUACCCCCGCCCCCUUUCCCCAUGCCCUCCGCGCUGCGCCGCACCUCACACCCGGCGCAGCAGCGGGGCAGUCCGGCUGCACCUCCGGCUCCCUCGGACCAAACCACCGCGAGCCUCCAGCACCUCUGCGACUGGAAACCUUAUUACCCCGGAGCUUCCUGUUCGGCUGCGGAAUCAGAACCAUAGGACCAGCCGAUCAGGGUGGUAGCAGCCAGGCCGUACCCAGAAACAGGUGCCCUACCAGGGGUAAUGGAGGAGAUGAAGGAUUAGAAGAUAAUCCAGGAUGGUACCACGGUCCAACCGCACAACCAUUUGCAGCUGGACCUAUUUCUGAGCUGAUGUCGACAGAACCAGAGCCCAAAGCAAGUCAGGCUACCUGACCACACUCCAACUGGCCCGGCCGCCUCCAGGAACACAACUGCAUAGUGUUCUCCUCAAUUUAUGCUUGUUUAAGUCAGCCAGCUAUGCAGAACAACAAGCUACAAAGAGGGGAACAGAGUUUGGCUCGCACACGAUAAACAGAGAUAAUAUUCGAGGGAACUAUUUGGUGCUGCAGGCUUCAACUUUCCAGCUUUAGUAAUUACAUGGUUUUGAAGAUCUUGGAAUACCCUUUCAGAGCUCUUUUUUCAGGUCCGUACUUUGGACUGAGCUGUCAGGGAUUCUUGCCUAAAUCUGAGAGUUAAAUUCAGCCUCUCGGUCGGAUUAAAGCCAAUCAUUUCUUGGUUUUGUCAGCCAUUUACUUCUUGCGACCAUGAAUCUUCAGGAAAAGCUGUCGGGCCUGAAAGGUCUGGUCUCACACUCCCACAGCAAGCGCCGCUUCAAAAGUGACCUCACGGUGGAAAUGAUCAGCCCUCCCCUGGGCGACUUCCGCCACACCAUGCACGUGGGCCGUGGCGGCGACGUGUUCGGGGACACCUCCUUCCUCAGCAACCACGGGGGAUCAGCCAACAGUAACAACAGGGACACGGAUUCCAUCUCCAGCCCUGACAACAAGAUCGGUGCGUUCUUCUCCAGGACACUCCGUCAAAUCCGGAGGGGCUCGGACAACCGACCCAGAGAGGCCUCCAAGGACCUGUCUCCGGCGCCUCCUCCCGUUUCUCCCAUCAUCAAGAACGCCAUCUCCCUUCCCAGGCUGGAUGUGGAUAUGUCUAAUGGGAGUCCCACCACCAAAGUGCUGUUCCCCAGUUCUCAAAGUACGCCAGAGGAGAAGAAAAGCUCUUACGGUCUGGAGUCCGGCUUCGUCACUCUGCCUCGCCUCUCCCGCUCGGAGCGUCAGCAGCCCUCCAUCUCCCUCCCCACCUCCUGCUCCCCCAACAUGCACCGAGGCUCUCUGACCGACCCCACCGACGCCAUCUUGUCCACCUGCUCUGCCACGAUUGUGACCUCUCUCGCCAAACCCGCCACAAGCACCAGCACCGCCUACUCCGACUCGCUCCCCUCCCUCACCUCCCUGGACACCUUCACUUUUGACCUCGGCCCCUCCCUCAUGAGCGAGGUGUUCGGCCUGAUCGACGGCCACCUGGACGAGCAAGGCCACGCCUGGGAACGAGAGGAGGCGGGCUCAGCGUACGGGCUGACCAAUGAGGGAUCGGAGAUGGACUCGGCCACUAUCUCUUACGUGGACUCCCUGCUGAGGGAGGACUGUGGCGGAAGCAAGAGCCCGCACGCGGCCGACUGGGAGGAAGGGGAAACUGUAGUGGAGGAGAACGAAGUCAGUCUUUGUGUUAAAGUGCCUGAUGUGGUGAUGGAGUCUCCUGAACAGGCGAGGUUGGGAUUGGGGAUGGGAAGUGAGCGGUUCCAGAGCGCUACGGAUAUGCUUGCACGCCAUUAUGGCGUCAGCCACUUAAAGGGACAGAGCAGGGUGGAGGCUGCUGACUCAGAGAUGAUGAUCAUGAGCCAGCAGAAGAAGAAAAUGUCAUACAGUUACAUGGACGACGAGGAUGAAAUCAAAGUCUGAGCUCGGCUAAUCGUAGAUUUUUCAUUUAAGUGAAACAUUUGAUUCUUCUGCAAUUCCAAUCAAGUCAAUCAUCUAAAAUGUUGCAAUGGUCAACGAGGCUGGCUCUGUUGGCAGGACAACCCUGAACACAACAACCUGAAUUCAGUAUCCUACAUACUGCAUCUUUUACCUUUAUACCAUUGUUCUUCAAGGAUGUACAAUUUUGAUACCUGUGGCUGAAUGUAUUUUCAAGGAGUGACAGACUUAAUGCUGCAAGUUUUCCAAAGUCAGCAUAGAAAGGGAGACCGCGUUUUUCCAAAAAGACUGAAACCAAAAAGAAGAGUGAGAAGAGAGGAUGUACCAGAGAAUGUGGUUCAGGUUGUGGGGGCGUCAUGGAGGAAACACUAUAAAACCUGUCAUUCACUUUAUACAUGCGAUAAUACACGUCCUCACGCAAGAGGGAAAAAGAUUCCCUAUGCAAGUCCAUCUCUCUGAUGAGAAGACAGAGAGGAAGUGUGGAUAAGAAGAAUAGAUUUAAUCUUACUACAACCCUUUGCCGUCACUACAAUCUCUCCUCAGCUCUUCACUCAGGAAUACAACACCAGGAAAGAAAAAAAAGGGAAGAGACCUCAUGAGAGAUCUGGAAUCUCAGGAUCAACCGUUUCAGACAAAAGAUAAACCACAGGAACUUGUCAGCUGUUGGACUGAUGGAUUAUGUUAAUACCGGCGUUUGCUCGAAGCAAUUAAAGCCUCAACCACAUAUAUAUAUGUUAAUUUUAUGACGCAAAUCUUUUCUAUAGCUACUCAGUGCACCUUUUAUCAUAAAAUGAAUAUGAAGUCCGACUCCUGUAUUGAUUUUUAUAGAAGAACUGUCAUUUAUAUAUCCUUUUAUAAACCUCGACAUGAUGAUAUCAACUGACCUCCUAUAAUUAUGUACUUACAGUAUGAGCACCUGCAGCACAUAGUGCAAUUCACAUCCAUAUGCUGCAGUCAGUACCAAUGAUAUAAUACAAUGAUAUAAUUUCACAAUAAACAUGUUUUUAAUGAG